CGGUUGCUGAAAGGAGUUUGUAAUUCUUCCCACAAUGCAUCGCGCGCUCCGCGGGAAACCAAAAUGGCGAAGGGUUGUAAUCGAACCGGGCUGCUACUGUGCCGCUGGUAACCGAAGACCCGACGGUUAGGAACCCGUUCUCCCGCGAGCUGGAGGGUAACCACCGAGCGGCUGAUACGUUACAGGGCUCUCUACUGUUUUAGCGGUAGUGAACGUGCCGCACUACUGAAGAGACCGAAUGAGAGACGCUACUGUGGUGGGCAAGUCAUUGGUUCUUAAAAGAUCCACAUUCCAUCGACAUCCAAAGGCUGUUGAGUCCUUGACCAAGCUGUGUGUACGGCAUGGAACGCUACCUAAGAGACAAAUAUGUAAAUUUGAAGAAGGGCAAGAUGUCCUAGCAAGAUGGUCAGAUGGAUUGUUUUAUCUUGGAACUAUCAAAAAGAUAAAUAAGUUGAGACAGAGCUGCUUUAUUUUAUUUGAAGAUAGCUCAAAAUCGUGGAUACUCUGGAAAGACAUACAGACAGGAGCCAUUGAAAGUGGGGAAAUGGUUUGUUCAAUAUGCCAAGAAGAAUAUUCUGAUGCACCAAAUGAAAUCGUCAUAUGUGACAAAUGUGGCCAAGGUUAUCACCAGUUAUGCCACACUCCAAAAAUUGACCCCAACGUGAUAGACACUGAUGAAAAGUGGCUUUGUCGGCAAUGUAUUUUUGCAACUACAACAAAGAGAGGAGGCGCAUUGAAAAAAGGACCCAAUGCAAAAGCCUUGCAAGUCAUGAAGCAAAGCCUACCAUACAACUUGGAAGACUUGGAAUGGGAUAUAGGCCAUAAAACCAAUGUACAGCAAUGUUACUGCUACUGUGGAGGUCCAGGAGAUUGGUAUUUAAAGAUGCUUCAGUGCUGCAAAUGUAAGCAAUGGUUCCACGAGGCCUGUGUGCAAUGUUUGGAAAAACCUAUGCUCUUUGGUGACAGAUUUUAUACAUUUAUUUGUUCAGUCUGCAAUUCUGGACCAGAAUACCUCAAACGUCUAUCCCUGAGGUGGGUAGACAUAGCACACCUAAGCUUAUACAAUCUAAGUGUUAUUCACAAGAAGAAGUACUUUGAUUCAGAACUUGAACUCAUCACAUACAUAAAUGAUAACUGGGAUCGAAUACAACCUGGAGAGCUGGCCGACACACCAAGAUCGGAAAGAUAUGAACAAAUUUUGGAUGCAUUAAAUGAAAAUAAAACCAUGUUUAUGUCUGGAAAAGAAAUUAAGAAAAAGAAACAUUUGUUUGGCUUGAGAAUUAGAGUUCCUCCAGUGCCUCCAAAUGCAGCGGUUAAAAUGGAAAAAGAAGAAAGUACUUCUCAUGAGUUCAAGAUUAAGGGCAGAAAGUCUUCAAAGGUUACACCUGUUACAAAAGAGAUUAACAAUGGUGAGGUGAAAAAGAGGAAACCUGUUGGAAGACCACCAGGUUCUCACAGGAGGAAAAUUUUGCAAAAUGAGCCAUGUGAAACUCCAGCUCUGGCAAAUAACACUGAUACUGAUCCUGUAUCAGAGAAUUCCUUGUUAGAGACACCAGAUCAAAGAAGCAGGAAAACAGAAGUGACCAAUUCAUCAUCCAAUAACUCAGAUUUAGAAACCAGUGGUGCUGCCAGUGCAAAAGAAACUACCUCAUCUAUUGUUUCCAGUCCUCAGCCUGACUUCAGGAGGGUGACCCGCACAGGCCGGGCCUGGUCUGCUACAAUACCACCACAGAAAAAGAGGGGGCGCCUUCCACGAAGAGCUCUGCAGACUCAUAAUUCAGACCUUUCAAAGAAUGAUGAAAACAAAGAAGAUCUGCAGCCUGCUGGACUCAAUACAGAUAUUGUUAAAAACUUGACUGAGCAGGACUUACAGCUGAAUCAUUUGAAGAAUUCCAUUACUAAUUAUUUUGGUGCUGCGGGCAGAAUAGCAUGUGGUGAAAAGUAUCGUAUUUUGGCACGCCGAGUAACGCUUGAUGGAAAGGUGCAGUAUCUUGUGGAGUGGGAUGGGGCAACUGCCUCCUGAUUUCAUUUCUCCCAUCUGUCUGCUAUGAAGAGGAAACCUAGCUUACUGUAAGCGUACUGUACUGUAAGACCUUUUAUUUAAAUAGGUGCCUCUGCAAUGCAUGUGGUACAAAAGGUCUCCAUUUGCUCACUGCCCACCCUGUGAUUGAAAAAGCCCGCUGGGGUGGCAAUUUUACUGUGUUUGUUUCAUGAUUUGUGCCACUGUUUACCAGAGGGAACACUGCUUUUAACCAAAUAUCUGCAACUGUGCACAUUUCUGAGAAUCUGGUUUACAGUAUUUCUAAUCAAAAUUGUUAAGGUAUUGUGUAUGUAAUGUGGAUUUCAUGUUUAGCAAGUAUUUCCCUCUCUUCUCCCAAAGAGGCUUGCAUCUUAUUCAUGUGCAGGUCUGUCUGGUAGACAAAGGAUUCCAGUUUUUAAGUGUUUUAAAGUCAAAGUGCCAUCUGAUCUGCACCCCACCAGUACUUCUCUGUUGCCAUUUGUAUAAAACAAUUUAAACUGGCUUUGUAGCACAAACCCCCAAAUACCAAACCAAAUAAGAGUUGCAUUAAAACAAACAAAAACAUUAACUGAAGCUUUGCGUGAUAGAUACAGCAAUGGGAUAUAAAGAUAUUCACCUCUUAAUAUCCCCAUUUAGUAAAAUCCAAAGAGAAUAGUUUCACAUCAUUUACUACAAAGUUGCAUUGCAAUGACUGGGACCCAAUUAUGUUUAUUUUUACAGAAAAUACAAAUCAGCACACACUCUGUAUGUGGCUUUGCUGGUAAAAUCAUACUAUGUUGUGCCCUUUCAAAGAAGUUUUAUUUUCCUAAGUCUGUUUUGGCGUAUAGUUCUAGCCUACAUCUUAGCUUAAUGACUGGUGAUGUCUGUCAAUUCUGCUGCUUCACUGUAUCAUUUCCUCUUUGUUACUGGAUGGCACUAUGGCUUUAUACCGUGUAUUUAAGACGUUAAUUUUCUAAAUUGUCUGUGUAAGUAGCAAGUCGUUUUAAAAGGUGAUCUAUGCAAUAUUGUACUUAAAUGUGAGUAGGAGAUUACAGUUUCAGAAAUGCAAAGACUAUUUCAGGAACAAAUGCAGUAUUUACACAGCAGCGGUUUCCUCAGGAUCAUUUGGUGCUUUCACUUACCCAAUUCUAGGAUGAGUAACCAGACCAGCAUGGUAGAGUCAUCAGUAAUAAUUUUCUGUAAAAUGAUUGCAUUUUUUUCACUCUUCAUUUACAACUGAUUUUAAUAUAUAUAUUUGAAUAACAAUAUAUUGAUCGUUGUGGGAUUCUAUUCAGCAGCGUUUUGUGCCUAACUAUGGGACCCAUGCCUCAAAUGUACAGUGUUACUACUGAAUAGAAUCUUACAUUUGUUUUUUUUGUUUCGUUUUUUUUUUUUAUAGCAAACUGUGUUUAAGGAGAAAAUUAAAAUGAGCAAAUUGCUAGUUUUGCAUUAAUUUCUGAUGCUGCACCUAAGUCAGGAACUUUGUCCAUACAUAGAUAGACUUGGAUGAAAGGAAAUGGAGAAUUUCACAGCAUGGGGUGCAUAGAUUGUACACCAAUCAGGAGACCAGCACUAUAUAAAUACUUGGAAUCAGUAUGUCCUUUAACACUUUCUGAUAAGCAGCUAAAUUCUUGGGUGGAAAACUACAUACAAAGUGUACAGUACAUGCUUAGUUUUGAACAGUUAAUGUUGAUUUCCUUACAUAGCAAUGCAAAUUAACUCAUUUUAGAAAAAUAAAUAUUUUUCAUAUUUAAGAAAGUAAAAUUCUACCUUGAAACACAGUUAAGCUUUUUUGUAUUUAAGACUUAAUAGUUUGCUUUCAUUGACUGUUUCUUAUGAGGUGAAAUUCAAUCAGUAAAGACUUUAUAAGACUUAUUUAAGGAUGUAAUGGACUCUAGUGGAUGUUUAAUACAUUUAGCUCAUCGAUUCAAGUUACAUUUUUAAUGUACUUCUGACAAACAGCGUGGUCAGUUUGUUUGCUGUAGGACAAAAAUGUAGGCUGACUAUGCACAAAAAAAACAUUUCUUAGUCAAAUAAAACCUACUUAUUUAAGAAUUAAACAUCUACUACAGUUGUAGUGUUUUUCUCUAGUUGUCACAGAUCUUAAUAUCUAGUUACAGCAGUAGAGCCACAGAUCUUAGGGUGGUUGCACACAGGGAGAUUGAGACGCCUGUGAUAAAUAUUCGCUACUGCGGGCGACUAAUCUCACAUUCUUGAUGGUGGGAAGGCAUUUCUGGGAGAUUAGUCGCCCACAGUUGCGAAGAUUUAUCACAGGCAACUGAAUCUCCCCAACCACCACCCUUAUUAUUAAAUAGUUGCAGCAGUAGAGCCACAGAUUUAAUGGAAUAAGUUAAUAAAAACUGACAUACAGUACUUGCAUUAACAAUUCCACAGUGUUUUUCUGAAAGCUUGCUGUGAUCAUCAUCUUAGUUGGCCAAUAAAGGUAUUGCCUUUUUCAUAUCCAAA